AUGGGACGGCUCCAGUCAACCGGAUCAAACCUCAUGGACAACGGAAUUCGGUUUAGCUUUGUGCUGAGUUCUGUUGUAAUCAGCGUGCUAUCCCUCGGAAACUAUGUACGUUAUGGACAAAUGUGGAAAAUUUUGGGAAAACUCGAUCGAUUCGACCAACAGGUUAAUGAAAUCAACGCACCAGUGGACCACGGAAGUCAAAAGCGACAAUUCAUGCAGUCUAUGUCAUUCAUCGUAAUAAGCUGCAUCCUGCUAUCGAUACUGAACAAUGCGGCACUCUCCGCUGAUUAUGGAUCGUUGACAGUUCGAAUGGCAAUUGUAUUCUCCUUUCUUUUCUUCAAUGUCCCAUUUAGCUUGAUCAACCACAAUGUUUUCUUCACGUGUCAACUGGUAUACCGCCGACUAAAACACAUCAACGAAAUACUGGCAGUACACUUUGUACCACCGAAGAAAGCUGGCAUGAUGAUCCUGAACGAACUGCCGGCAACAAAGUCCAAUCGCUGGGACAAAGCAGCCCUUCUCAAUCGGCUCGCUACACAAUGGGACGAAAUGGGUCAAGUAGUACAAAUGAUCAACACUGUUUUUUGGGGUCAAAUUAUUUACAUUACCACCACCAAUAUGAUGGUGUUGACGUUCAGUCUGUUUACCUUCUAUCGUACGGCAAUCACUCAGGAUGAACGCCAGCGCAUGAUGGCCAUCAUCUACGUACAAAAUAGUUUAUAUUAUGUGGUGAUGUUAAGUGCUGUUAUUGGGACAUUCGAUGCCAUUAAGCGACAAGCUGAAAAGACUGCAGUUUUCGUGCACAAAGCGUAUCGAGAGGUGGAGAACAAUCACGUCCAGGAUGCGUUGGUGUAUUUUUCGCAACAACUGAACUACAAACCGAUCGUGAUAAGCUGUAGAUAUUUCGUGUGUGAUUGGACUAUGGGAAUGAUGAUCAUCGGAACAGUCACCUCGUAUCUGGUAAUAUUGAUUCAAUUUGAUGACGCAUUAGGUCCAGCGAUGAAGAAACAACUUUAAAGAAGGCA